UUUUCCCUUCUUUAACUGUCAAGUUUGCUAUAUAUCUGCCCCUCUUGGGGGUGAAUGAAUGAAUGAAUCUAUGGUGGUGUGGAGCUAUGAAGGGGAAAAGCUCCAACAUGCCAUGCUGCUUUGAGAGGGAGUCACCUGCAUUGAAGCAAAUCCUCCUCAAACUAUACCAUGCUGAAAAGCCAGUGGAGAUCGAUCAUCACUUGUAUGAAUUCGGGUCAGUGGAGUACUAUGUGCAGGUAACAUCCAAGCUCCACUAGGUCCAUAUCAAUGUCUCCAGAGAGUAGAGACAUUACUGAUUCUGGUGCAAUGUCUUUUUGUCAAAGUCCUCAGCUGCUGAUCCACACCACAGCUUCUUGUCAGUGCUCACUCCACUGCUCUCCCAGGGAGAAAUCCCAUCCAAUGGUCCACUCUCCCCCUACACUAUCCAAAUGGUGAAAGAUAUUUGUUCUGAAUCUGCAGAGGUUGUGGAGCCUGCAAGAGAAGGAUACCAGCUCACUCUAAAACUGAACUUUUCUAUGAUUCCCAAGAGCAAAGAAUCAGAGAAAGUGGUGAGACGAAUUGCAUCAGUGCAAGCUGUGAUAAUAAGUUCACAGCUGAAAGAAAUAUUUCGCGGUGUCGAUUCCCAUGGAACGUUUCAACCCAUCAAACUUGUUUAUUACCCAAGAGAGCCCUUCUACCUAAUCAGACAGCCGCAGAAAAUCACUGCAGUAUUCCCCAUGCGAUUUAAGGAACAUUCAGAUGUCGUUAUUGCAACAGCAUUCUUCCAGGUACUGCACAACAAAAGUUCUGGCCUAAAGUCCAUCUUUCUACUAGCCAUGAUUUGUACACUUAACAUUCAUCACUAUGCUGAAAUCUGCAACAGGAACUUAUGGACGUGGGAAGUUCAGCAAAAUGGGCCAAAACACCCACCUGCACCUGGGCGCCUAUACCGCCGCCAGAACUGAGGGGAGAGUCCAUAGAAGAUUUGAGCACCAACGGCGGUUUCGUCAGUUUUGGUAGUUCCCUGUACAGUCGACAUGAUAGAAGCAUUACCAGUCAAUACAGCUUAACAUUUUUUAACAGUAGCUAUCUACACAUUGCCAGACAUAUGUUCACGCCAUGUUGAGGGCAAGAAGCUAGAGAAAACUGUCUGGACCCUGUUAAACUUCUAUGCCUUCGUCAAAAACCACAUUAAGGUAAUCAAGACGUAAUCUUUUCCCUCCAUCCUUCUCCUUAUUCUGUUUCACAAAAGAAGAGCAACAUCCCAAACCAACAAUGACCACUGUACAUUCAUUGGUUGGCAUCUUUUCGAACAGUGCACCAGAGGUUUGAUACAGAGGAGGAUGCAAAAGCGGUUGGAAAGUCUGGUUGAGGUAACGGAACAUAGAAACUUGAGCAAUGGAGUUGGCAAAGAGGAACAGUACUAACUUUUCUGGUGGCACGCAAUUUUGCAGGUCCUGCACAAAGGAGCUAUGGAAGAAGACAACAAGGUUAAAAGGAGAAGAGGAGGCAGAUACAUCAGAAAACUGGUCAGCUUAUCUAAGUUUAAAACACUCAAAAGAAGAUGCAGUGACAUAGUAAACAAGAUCAAACGCCUUCGCUACAGAAUCAAAAUCCACGGAUUCAACCGCUUUCGCAGACGAUGGCUAACCUUGCCAAAGUUUUCUUCUUCAAGGGGGUACAGCAGGCUGGAGUAGCUCACUUUCACCAUUGAAACACCACUUUCGUUGCUGUUUCCAUAGAGCUAGCACAAUCUCCACACAACUCAAUAGCUUGCAGAUUGGAACAAUCUCCACAUGAAACAACCUGUGUAAAGUUGGUGACUUAGUGUGUAAUUUGCUGCCACAGAAGCAAAAAAAAAUGGACGGUUAGGAUAUUCUUAUCAACAACACUGGAAUGUAUGAAACAAUGAGCGACUACAAUUCUAGAUCUAGAUUUUUCACCUCUUUUUCCAACGAGUUCAAAUAUCAGAAGCAAAAUGAACUACGUGUUUGAAUACCAAAGCUAAAAUCCAACUCCAUGCCCACCUCCUCCGGUUGUGGCUCUAAUUGCUCCAUCACUCUCUUCCUCACACCCAGCCUUAUAUCAUCACCAACAGAAGUACCCCCAAAAAGAUCCCACCAGUCUUCAAGCCACAGAAGGAAAAAAAAAAAAAAGAGCAGAAGAAGAAUAUCACAGAAACUUGGGAAGAAGAAAAAACCCACAUCCUAGAAAAGAGAGAAUCUUGGCCUGGUUUACAGAAAUUUCUUCUCUUCCUAGUUGCUGUGUAUAAUGGCUGUUGCUUCAAUUUCUGCAACUGGGGUUAAAGGAGGUUUCGGUACCUCAUUCAUGGGGGAAUGGGGGACAUCAAUGGCUGGCGAGGAUUACACCGUGCUGUCGAGGUCAGUUCCAAACCAAGUCAGAGUCGGGAAGCCAGUGAAGAUGCCACCCAUGAUGAAGAACGUUAACGAAGGCAAGGGUCUUUUUGCUCCAGCUGUGGUUGUUGCUCGCAAUCUCAUUGGGAAGAAGAGGUUUAAUCAGCUUCGAGGCAAAGCUAUCGCCUUGCACUCACAGGUAAUCACCGAGUUCUGCAAGUCGAUUGGAGCAGAUGCAAAGCAAAGGCAAGGGCUGAUUAGGUUGGCCAAGAAGAAUGGAGAAAAACUUGGCUUCCUCGCUUGAUUUGAUAAACACAGGACAAAGCAAAGAAAGAUACAGGUCCAUUUUGUGUUGGAACUCCAUUGUAAAGGAGAUGGAAAGUUGCCUGAGAGAACCAACGCCACCACUGCUGUAGUAUUUGUACAACUGUAACUGUUGCUCUCAUUCUUAAUGCUGUCUGUAAUAGUUCCCUUGUGUUUUGACACUAUCUAGACAUCACAAUUUUAGCUGUAGUUCCUGAAAACUGAGUUUUUUUCCUAUGAAGAAUAGAUUAGCUAUGACUUAAAAGCCAAACAGGAAAGAAAACUGGAAACUCUGCUAGGA